AUGUUAUUGCUAAAAAAUACAAUUCAUUUAUCUAUGUGCUGUGUACCAUGUCCAGCAGCUGCGCAGGGCUCGGUGGCACCUGGCAAGACUGUUGAGGUCAAGCCAGAUGGCUCGUGUGCUGGUUGCCCGUGUCGAGCAUGCUGCUGCGGCAAGAAACCCAUUGUCAAGCCGUGUUACAAACAACCGCGUAUACCGGCGUCUUAUGCCCCGAGGCGAUGCUACAGCAAGCCAGAAGCUCCUGUCGAGUCGGGUACUACGUACAAGAUGUCGUUUUUGCCAGUCGAAGGCUGCAAAGGGCUCAGGGGUGACCUUCGUAAACCUGUUGCAAAUAUCGUGCCGAGCAGUGAGCCGAUGGAAGGUUGCACUGUGCAAAAGUUGUCGUACCUGCCGAACCCAGUGUGUGUGACUCAAAAGAUCCACCCGUGUCAUCACGACAUGUGGGGUAAGGGUCCCAUGCAGAACAUUACGACGCAGCGCCACGACUACGUGCCAAAGCCAAGCAUCAUUCGCGAGAGCUUCAAGCCGCCAUCUGACUACAAGGGCGUUGAUCAGCCUUUUGAAAAUCGCACAGUAAAUAAACUAUCGUAUCUGCCGCCCGAAAGAAUGGAACCUACGAAGUCCUUCGCGCCGUAUCGAUGCUAUGAACGUCCGAAUGCGAAAAUGGAGGGUACUACUACUCAUAAGAUGAGCUUUAUGCCUAAUCAGAUUCUGCCCAAACAGCCGGUACCGUGGGCAACGAAGGAGCCGUAUCAAAGACCUGAGACGAAAUUGGAUGGUAAUACAACUUACACUAUGAGUUACUUGGAUGCGCAAAGUGAUUGUCGUCGCCGCGCAAUAAUGCCAGAGUCUUGCAUCAACCCAGUAACGUCCUCCAAGGCGUUUGAAACUCAAACGGUGUACAAGAACAGCUACCUACCAGCUAAAGCUGUGAUACCAAAGCCGGCGAAGCCGAGUCCAAACUUAGUGCCGUCGACGGCUCAGAUGGAUGGCGACACUGUUCAAAAGCUGUCGUACUUGCCGAACCCAGUGUGCGUGACUCAGAAGAUCCACCCGUGUCAUCACGACAUGUGGGGUAAGGGUCCCAUGCAGAACAUUACGACGCAGCGCCACGACUACGUCGCGAAGCCCAGCAUUAUACGCGAGAGCUUCAAGCCGCCACCCAAGUUCCACAAUGUUGAUCAGCCCUUUGAAAGUCGCACGAUCAACCGCUUGUCGUUCCUGAACCCCGGCCCCUGUGCAGUACCUGAGAACUAUGCUCCGCAAAAGUGCUAUGAACGGCCUUCAGCAAAAAUGGAAGGUACGACAACACAGAAGAUGUCGUACCAGCCAAUAUGUGUCCCACAACCGCAGCGUCCGCCGUGGGCAUGCAAAGCACCGUACGAGAAACCAGCCACGAGGUUGGAAGGCACAACGGUCUACAAGUCGUCGUUCCUGCCUCCCGGUGAAGACUGCACAGAGUACAUCGACCCUUGCACGUAUGGUGAUUGUCAACCUUGCAUAUGCACCUGCCCAGCGGAAUGCAUAAAGACAGAUCCAUGUGCCUGUGAUUUUCCUAAAGCGGCGUGUUGCGCUUGA